UUAGAAGGCUAAUGCAGUGCAGCCAAUGGUUACUGUUGAGGGCUUUAUUCUUGGGUUGCUCAUAAAGACUAUCUUGUCCUUGCUGCAACAGGAUCUGGUUUUGUUCUUUAAGUAUUCAAUAAUUUUGCCUUAGGAUAUGUUUGGAUAACUUUUUCUUGCAACACUUUUAAAAGAGAAAAAUAGGAAAUAAAAAUGAAAAUAAAAUUUCCCAUAAACUAAAACUAACUCAUGCAUGAAAGAAAAGGAGAUCUUGGAAAAGGUAAUAAAAAAGAACUUCUACAAUAUGGCUUAUGCAUAAGUUAAUUUUAGUUUAUAAAGAAAUUUAUUUCAUAUUUACUUCUUAACUUGCUACACUUAAAGUUCUGCCAGAGUAGUUAUACUACGAGACCCUUACUUACGAUGUAGAGUAGCUUAUGUGGAUUUGUUUAUAAUUAUACUUUUGGCACAAGGAAGUCUCUAUGCUUUCAGAUUCCUACAUUGUUGUCUGGGAAAGUGGUGGUUGUGAUUUUGCCCUUGAUAAGCCUCAUGCAUGACCAGUGUUUAAAACUAACAAAACAUGCAAUCAGUGCUUGCUUUCUUGGCUUGGGGCAACUUGAUGAUAUUGUUGAAUGUAACGCAAUGAGAGGCUUGUAUAGUAUAGUUUUGGUGUGCCCAAAGACUGUGAUGAGAUUGAUUCAACCACUGCAGAAGCUUCCAGAAGGUCGCAGUAUUGCUUUAUUUGCAAUUGACGAGGUACAUUGUGUUUCUGAAUGGGGUCAUGAUUUCCGUCCAGACUACAGGUCUGUUUUUUGUCCCUUAUUGUUUGUGGUUUGCUGAGGUGAACUGGAUUGAUGAGUUUCUUUAGAACAUCUUAAAUGAUUGUAAAUGUAACUUGUGGUUUGCAUAUUGGCGAAAUUUAGAUCAGUUAUUGGUUAUUUUGAUUGGUUACCAUGCAGAUUUCAUUUGUUCUUUGUUUUGUGCACACUUCACAAUUUAUUUAAUGUUUCUAGUCUAUUGUGAAUGUCAUAAGUAUGACCUGUUUUAAUUUUUUUUUUGUUUCUGCCAACUGUCUGUGUUGAGAGAAAAUUUCAGUGCUAGUAAGCUAAAAUCCCUGAAUUUUGAUAUCCAAAUCCAUCUGAUGGCUUAGACACCUACAGACACCUACAGCUACAAAAAGAGUUCAAGAAGACAUUUUAAAAUCACUACACAUGUCGAAAGAAACGAAUGUUGUUCUUACAUCAUUUUUUCGAUCUAAUUUACCCUUCAUGGUGAAUUUGUUGAUUAUAACUAUUAACUUGUACAUUCAUCUAUGAAUAUACAAUCUUGUUAACCGUGGCUUCAUACAGUUAAAGGAUAGUCGAACGUCAAAGUCUUAUGCAAAAGACUUUUGUGAAUUGAUUAAAGUAUAUGGUAGAAAGCAAAAUAUUGAUGGAAAUGAAAAGACUUGCAUCUCAAAUGAUUCUGAUUAUGUUUCUGACAGCCUUGAUGCUUGAAGUAGCUGAUACACAUGUUUCUCCUGAUGAUGUGGAUGACAACCAGGAUGAUUACACUUAUAGAGAUGAUUUUUUAAUGCGAAGAGAAUUGUCAGUUGAGUUCCUAGAAAAUGAUAUGGAUGUCGUUCAAAAUGUGGAUAACUCAGAUGGAGAGAUGUACAGCCCCUGGCCAUUUUCUGCCCUUGCCAACCAUACAGCUGCCCUUUUCUCAAUGAAGCAGUAUGAUACUUGUGAAAUUGUCGCAGUGAAGAUGGCAAGACUUCGUGUAUUGCAAUUUGUUAAGGAUUUUCCUAAUUUUCUUUUGGUUCAGUGCCAUCUUACAAACAGUCUUUGAUUGUGUCUAAUUCAAGAUGCAUAAGUGAAUUUAUUUUUACGAGUAUUAUGCAUGAAUAACUGAGUUAUUUUGAUUGACUUCAACUACUUAUUAGGUUUUUAAACUACAGAAAUUAAACUGCUAUUUUAUGAUGCUUACUCGUUCUCUCACAUGUUGCGGGAGAGAAGUAUGCAUUUUGCUA